AUGGGCCGAUCCGAAGGUUCUAGAAAACAGAACAACAUCGAUGAAAGCAUUUACGGCAGGAACUGGCUCUCAUCAGUGAUGAACGCCCAGAUUACUAACGAAUUAUUCCGCGUAGCGAAAGCUGGGGACCAAGAUACUGUAUGGCUGUGGCUCACCCGAAGCGAUGUUACGGCCGACUUGGCAGAUGCCCAAAGACGGACAGUGCUAUGGCAUGCGGUGAUGGGCCGUCACAAAGCGCUUGUGAAGACGCUGCUAGCUCGAAGCGACGUCAAUGCGGAUUUCCAGGACAAUCUGGGUCAGACGCCACUUUCAUGGGCCGCCCAGCAUGGGCACGAGGCCAUUGUCAAGCUGUUGCUCGAGAAGGAAGUCGACAUCGAAGCAAGAUAUGCUAAUCAGACGCCGCUUAUGUGGGCUGUUGUGAACAAGCAUGAGAUCGUUAUUAAGAUGCUGGUUGAGAAUGGCGCAGAAAUCGAGGCGACAAAUAAUAAUGGGUGGACGCCGCUUUCAUUAGCUGCUGUUCACGGGCAUGAGGCUAUCGUUAAGCUGUUGCUUGAAAGUGGUGCUGAUAUUGAGACGAAAGACAUGUCGAACGAGAGGACGCCGCUUAUAUUGGCUGUUUUAAAUGGACAUGAGGCCAUUGCUAGGCUGCUGCUUAAGAAUGGCGCUGAUAUCGAGACAAGAGAUCAUCAUGGGCAGACGCCACUUUUAUUGACUGCUGGGAAGGGGUAUAAGGCUGCUGUUAGGCUGCUGCUUGAAAAUGGUGCUAAUAUCGAGGCAAGAGAUGGAGAUGAGUCGACACCGCUUUCGUUAGCUGUGAAGAAGGGGCAUGAGGCUAUUGUUAAGCUGCUGCUCGAGAAUGGUGCUGAUAUUGAGGCGAAAGACAAAAACGGGCUGACGCCGCUUUUAUCAGCUGGUGCACGGAAGAAUGAAAGUGUUAUUAAGCUGCUGCUCGAGAAUGGGUACUAA